AUGAAUUUCGAUGUUGGAGGUCCAUCAUAUUUAUCAUCAUCUUCAUCUUCGGAUGAUGAUAAUUUUCUGACCAAUAUCAUUGCAGAGAUUGAUGAAACCGAAGAAGUAAUUUGUGAGUAUAUCAACAACAACAUGAUCAUCGCUAACAAUUUACGUCAACAAAACUACCAACCGAUCCAUGGUGGCUCGAUUCCCGGUCAUGUAGUGAUCAACCGCGAUCGAGAAACUGCGCAUCAGAAUUUGGUCAUAGAUUACUUUAUCGAUAAUCCAUGUUUUGGAGAAGAUAUGUUUCGUCGUCGAUAUCGGAUGUCAAGAAGUUUGUUCAUUCGUAUUGUUCAUGCAGUGAAAGAUCAUGACCAUUACUUCCAACAACGAAGUGAUGAACUUGGUAGAAUGGGAUUAUCACCAUUACAAAAAGUAACAGCUGUUUUUCGCAUGUUGGCAUACGGUCUACCAGCUGAUGCUACGGACGAAUACGUUAAAAUAGGUGAGUCAACAGCAAUUGAAAGUAUGACAAGUUGUCGUGCUAUGGUGGAGAUAUUCGCAGAGCGGUAUCUACGAACACCUAACGCUAACGAUAUUGUUAGGCUACUCUAUAUUGGUAAAAAAUGUGGUUUUCCAGGAAUGUUAGGAAGUCUUGAUUAUUAUGAUCUUUGGAUAUGGCACGCAUAUUUUGGUAUGCUAGGCAUCAAUAAUGAUAUCAAUGUGCUGGAGUCAUCUAAUCUUUUUUCUAACCUAGCUCAAGGUAUUGCUCCUCCCGCUUACUAUGUUAUUCAAGGAAAAGAGUAUAAUAUGAGUUAUUAUUUAGCUGAUGGUAUAUAUCCAAAAUGGGCUACUAUUGUACAAACAAUCCAACAGCCACAAGGUAGGAAGAAAAAAUAUUUUGCCAUGAAACAGGAAGCAUGUAGAAAAGAUGUAGAACGUGCGUUCGGAGUUCUCCAAUCACGAUUUGCAAUUGUGGCAGGAUCAGCACGUUUUUGGAAAAAAUAUGUAUUACAUGACAUAAUGACUGCAUGCAUUAUUAUGCACAAUAUGAUAAUCAAGGAUGAACGUGAUCUUUAUGCACCAAUUCAAGAAGUGAGGGAAGCACCAACACCAGAAGUUGAUAUGGUAGCAGAUGAAACUACAAGAUUUACUCAAUUUAUUGCACGUUACGGAAAAAUCAAGGAUAAAGAUGCCCAUAUUGCGCUUCGUAAUGCAUUGAUAGAUCAUUUAUGGGAGGAAUACACUAAUUCAGAUAGUUAA